ACAGCUCAGUCCCCUCGAGACUCGCUCCCAACAAGCCCGGCCCCCUGCCUGCCACCUUGCCCUGCCUGUCACCAUGGCGAUCGGCGAGAGCCUCGCGCUCGGGACGGAGCUCAAGGAGCUGCGCUUCCAAGACUCGGCAGAUUGGUGGGUCAAGUGGAACGACCCGGCGUUCCUGUGGAAGACCCAGCCCACCUACCUGCUGGCGCAGGCCGUCUACCUCUUCGGAGCGCAUACCUUGAUCCACGCGCUCACCUCAAGAGGCAGAUGGCCGUACCUGUGGUUCGCCACCGUGUUCCACGGCCUGGUCGUGGAGGCCCUGUCCUACUUCCUGCCCGACGUGGACAACUUCUGGCACUCGCAGACGCCCCUCAUGUUCCUGGGCCGCCGCCUGCCCGUGCACAUCAUGGUCUUGUACCCCUGCUUCAUCUACCAGGCCGCGGCCGCCGUGUCCAAGCUGCGUCUGCCGCGCUGGGCCGAGCCCUUCGCCGUGGGCCUGACCGUGGUGCUGAUCGACCUCCCCUACGACAUCAUGUGCGUCAAGUUCGUGCACUGGACGUGGCACGACACGGACCCCAACAUCGUGGACCGCCACUACUGGGUGCCCUGGAACUCGUACUACUUCCACGCCACCUUCGCGGCGGGCUUCAUGAUGUGGUUCCACAUGACGCGUGGCUCUGAGCACCGCUGGCAGCCAGCCAGCGUUGGCAAGGACUUGCUCAAUAUGGUGCUGGCCUCCCUGUUCGGCACCCCCACCGGCGUCUUCGUCUUCACCAUCCUGUACCACCCGAUGCACGACCUGUACAAGGUCCACUCCGAGGUCAUCUUCUUCGCGCUGUUCGCCGUCUUCCUGUCCCUGUCCUGGGCCGGCAGCCACUCCGUCAAGGACACCCUGGCGCCCGCCAAGGGCGAGAAGCGGGUGACCUGGCGUACGGCGCUGCUGCUGCUGCACCUGGUGGUGCACUACUCGCUGUGGGUGUGGAUGGCGGCCUUCGGCCACCCCGAGCGCGAGGUGUCCACCGGCCUGCACGAGACGCUGGGCAACUGCAAGGAGAUGGUGCCCCUUCAGACGGCCUCCGGACUGGUCCUGGAGAAGCGCAAGUACCUCUGCAAGACGGACUACGACGAGAAGUACUUCGACUUCCACUGCCUGCCGGGCGGCAAGGCGCCCAAGGACGGCGCGCACUGGUACUCCAUCUGCGGCACGCCCUUCGAGAACCGCGCCGAGUACGUGCUCGUCAUCGGCGCCGCCACCGUGGCCGCCGCCGUCGUCUUCUUCAACAUGCACUUCCGGUCGGCGGGCGACGCCGUCUACCGGCAGGUCCGGGGGCAGCCGGCCAAGAGCAAGCUCAAGACCAAGUAGAGGACACCAGUUAUCGAGUUGUUGUUUUGAUACUUUUUUUGGCAAAAUACAAAGUUUAUGUUUUUCUAAAAAAAAUA